CGGAGAGUUCCAGAAAUAAACUAAUUCUUCUCUUCCGCGUCCUCUCUAGAAAUCUCUAUGGCCAAUCUUCACUCUAUAUAUCAAGCUAGACACUCUUCCCUAACUUGGGUUUUGAGUUCUGACUUUUAUCCUGGUCGUUGGAGAGAAAUAAAAUGUCUCAAGUUCUGUCCAAUUUGAGCGUCUAUUGCCCUUUGUCCUCGAAGAGGACUAGCAGAACGUGCUAUCCCGUUGGCGGCAACUUUCCACAGUUUGUAUUGACGAAUGGCAGAGAGUCUGGGUUUAGCAAACGAACAAGUAUCAAGGCUAUGGCUGCAGAGAGUAGAGAAAACCUUGACUACUUACAGAGACCCAGCAGCAAGCAACCGCAAUCUCAGCCCAGGAGAAGACCCGCUCCAAUUGGAUUGUGGGACAGGUUUCCAACUGCAAGGACAGUACAGCAGAUGAUGGAGACAAUGGAGAGCAUGAUGGAGGACUCAGGCGGUUGGCCGUCGCCCUUAUCGAGUGAGGUAGGAGGGUAUAGUAGAGGGAGGACACCAUGGGAGAUAAAAGAAGGGGAGGGUGAGUUCAAGAUGAGGUUUGACAUGCCUGGGAUGACCAAGGAGGAUGUGAAGGUCUGGGUAGAGGAGAAGAUGCUGGUUGUUAAGGCCGAGAAGGUACCCAAGAAGAAGGAGAAUAACAAUGGUGGAGAGAAGGGUGAAGAAGAGGAGGAGGAGGACUGGUCUGCUAAGAGCUAUGGAAGGUACAGUAGUAGAAUUGCUUUGCCUGAGAAUAUUCAAUUUGAGAAGAUCAAAGCUGAGGUUAAAGAUGGAGUCUUGUAUAUUACUGUUCCUAAAGCUGUUACCUUUGGCAAGGUUUUGGACAUCAAUGUCCAAUGAUCAUUUUCACUGUGUCUGUUCUUUUCUUUUUUAUUUGUUGGUUUCAAUGGGUUUUGGUUCUUCUGGUCUAGUUCAAAUGUGUGAAGAGGGUUUUGAGUAUAUGUAUUAAGUUGGAUGAAUUUGACAGAUAGUCUAUGGAAUUUCAAGUUUGUGUGAU